AUGAAUCUAUAUACGAAUAACUUUAAUGGUAAAAUACCGGGAAUUUUAUUUCCUAAAAGUUGUUCAUUGAGAAGUUUUCGCAUCAACAGUAACCAGCUUGGAGGGCCAAUACCACAAUCCUUGGUUAAUUGUAAGGACUUGGAACUUCUAGAUUUGGGGAAAAAUAACUUAAGGGACAUCUUUCCUAGUUGGUUAGGGAAAUUGAAUCUACAAGUUCUUGUCUUGCGAUCCAAUAGAUUCCGUGGUCACAUUGUCAAUUCUGAAGUUGCAUCUUCAUUCUCUCAUUUGCGGAUUAUCGAUCCAUCUAACAAUGACUUCAGCGGCUGCUUGCCACCAAAAUUUUUUGAAAGUUUGAAUGCUAUAAGCAAUGGGUAUGAAAAGACAGGUGAAGUGCAGUAUAUGAGAUAUAUCUCUAGCUUUGGUGUGUACUAUGAUAAAUCUUUCUCUGUUACAACAAAAGGGUUGGCGAUGGCGCUCAUGAGAAUCUUAACGGCUUUGACGAUUAUUGAUUUUUCAAAUAAUCAAUUCAAUGGACAGAUUCCUGAAAUAAUUGGAAAACUUCAAUCACUUAUAGUCCUCAACCUCUCUCACAAUAGCUUAACAGGUCAUAUCCCAUUAUCCUUAAGUAAUUUGUCUAAGCUUGAAUCAUUAGACCUCUCAUCCAACAAGCUUGAAGGAAGAAUUCCGGCACAGUUACAAAGUCUUGAAUUCCUAGAAGUUUUAAACCUUUCUUGGAAUAAAAUCACGGGACCUAUUCCUCGAGGCAAUCAAUUUAAUACUUUCACAAAUGAUUCCUACAUUGGAAACUUUGGUUUAUGUGGAUUCCCAUUAUCAAAAAGCUGUGGUAAUGAUCAGGAUUCGGAACCCCCUCCAACAAUAUUUGAUGAUGAGGAUGAUACAACAAAAGAAUUGAAUUGGAAAUUUUCUAUAUUGAUGGGGUAUGGAUGUGGGCUGGUGCUUGGAUUGAGUUUGGGAUUCAUCGUGUUCACAACUGGAGAACCGUGGUGGUUCAUUGAGAUGAUCAAGAGAGUUCAGCAAAAAUAUAUAUGUUAG